AUGGUGCAACAACCCGAGAGGGACGCGGCAUUUCUGGACACACUGCUGAACAGUUCGUUGUCGAACGCGGAUAACUCGUCACUCCUGCGCACCUUGCUUAAGUCCCUGAACGACACCUCAACCCGGGAUCACGCACCAGUGAUCGAAGUGCAGAGCCAGCGGCAAUGGGUGCUGCCCUGGUGGACGCAGCUGGUGUACGCCUGCCUGUUCGGAUUUAUGGUGGCCACGGCCGUGUUGGGCAACGCCGCUGUGGUCUGGAUUGUGCUCGCUCACCGGACGAUGCGUACUGUCACCAACUACUUUCUGCUCAACCUGUCGCUGGCUGACGCCUUAACGGCCACGUUCAACGCCAUAUUUAACCUGGUCUACAUGCUCGAGAGCCAUUGGGCCUUCGGGGAAGGCUACUGCGUCUUCAACAACUUCAUCGCCAACUUGACUGUGGCCUCGUCUGCGUUCACGAUGGCAGCCAUGAGCAUCGACAGGUGA